AUGUCUUUGAAUUCUUUGCUAUCUCAAAACUUGUCAUCGCCGACUUGGGAAACUUCCAGUUGCCGGCAAAUUCAUCGGAGGGCCACUUCCUAUCGUGGUUUUCGUUUUACAGACCGAGUAAAUGGUGUAGUAGUCAGUGCACGCAGCCAUCAAAUUGGCUGUAGAAGAGCUCUAAUCUUCUGUGAUUCAAAUGGUAGGAUGGGUGCAACCAGUAUAUUGCAUGAAAGAAUACCAAUAUCAACAUCAUCCCUGGCCACCAAGUCUGGAAUAAGGUCUUCCUCAGAUUCUUCAUUUUCCACUGACAUAAGGACCAAAGCAAGUUUUCAAGAUCGGUGUAGUUCUGCGUCAAGUUUGCAUUUGGAUACCUCAUCAGAAAUUUUAAAUACCACUAUAUCUUCGGCAUCUAUGCUAAAAAACUUUACCUCUGCUGGUGGUCAUUCACAAUCUCUUAGCAUUGUCGUAAUCGGUGCAACUGGUGAACUGGCCCGCAGGAAAAUCUUUCCAGCAUUGUUUGCUCUUUUCUACAGUGGUUUCCUUCCAGAGAAUUUCAGUAUAUUUGGUUAUUCAAGGAAAGACUUGACUGAUGAAGUCUUGAGAUCCAUGAUUGCUUCAACUUUAACGUGUCGCAUUGAUCACCAGAAAAAUUGUGAAGACCAGAUGGAUGCUUUUCUUAGAAGAAUAUAUUAUGUCAAUGGAGGGUUCGACAACAGAGAAGGAAUGCCAAAGCUCGCACAGCGCAUGGAACAAGCUGAGGAUCCUUGUGGCGCAAACAGAAUCUUUUACCUCUCUGUUCCCCAGGAAGCACUCAUAGAUGUUGCAUCAGCUCUUGCUGACCUGGCCCAAUCACAAACUGGAUGGAAUCGUAUAAUAGUUGAGAAGCCUUUUGGUUACAAUCCCUCAUCUUCUGAUCACUUUACAAAGUUCAUGCAUUCCAAAUUUGAGGAACAGCAAUUGUACAGGAUUGAUCAUCUUUUGGGAAGGAAUACUAUCGAAAACCUAGCAGUUUUGAGGUUCUCUAAUUUAGUAUUUAUGCCGUUAUGGAAUCGAAACUACAUUGAGAAUGUGCAGGUCAUUUGGUCCGACGAUUUUAGUACACAUACCCAAUCCAGGUAUCUAGAUGGGAAUGGAAUCAUAGGUGAUGUAGUACACAGUCACAUACUUCAGACCAUUGCUUUGCUUACGAUGGAACCACCCAUAAGUCUUGAUGGUGAAGAUGUUCGCAAUGAAAAGGUCAAGGUUAUGAGAUCAAUGAAGAAAUUGGAUCCUACAGAUGUUAUUAUUGGUCGUUGUAAAGGUAUAUCUGGAUCCAAUGCCCAAGAUGAUACAAAUUAUCUGGCUCCUACGUACUUUGCUGCUGCUCUAUACAUUGACAAUGCACGCUGGGAUGGCGUUCCUUUUCUGAUCAAAGCUGGAAGAGGUCUUGGGAAACACAGAGUUGAAAUCCGUAUACGUUUUCGCCAUGUUCCCGGGAACCUUUACCAUAAAGAUAUCGGUACAAGCGUCAAUCUUGCAACAAACGAGCUGAUAUUGCGGGACAUGCCUGAUGAAGCCAUUCUGGUGAAGGUGAACAAUAAGUAUCCAGGACUGGGGAUGGAGUUGGGUGCUUCAGAACUAAACUUGCUUUAUAAGGACAAGUACAACAUCGAGGUACCUGAUUCAUACGAGCAGCUCCUUCACGAUGUCAUUGAUGGGGACAACCAUUUAUUCAUGAGAAGCGACGAGGUGAGUGCUGCAUGGAACAUAUUAUCCCCGGUGUUGACGGAGAUGGGGAAGAAUAAUAUAGCAUCAGAGGUUUAUGAAAUAGGGGGUAGGGGUCCAGAUAAAGCAGUCUAUCUCUGGGCCAAGCAUGGGGUUCAAUGGUUGGAUGACUGA